CACAAUAGAGUGAAUUCAUGAUAAGAUUGAACUACGAUAACAUCCUGUCAUGAUGCUUCAACGCAUUUCAAGACGGAAGAUGGUCUCUAUUCACGCUUUCACGAGUCUGCCCUAUAUGCUGUAGUUUAUUGUUUUAUACAACUAUUGAGACUUCUUUGUCUAUGGUUCAAUCUACUUUAUCAGGAAUACGUUUUGUUAGUCCCAGUCGGUGGGAGAGCCCUCAUUUGCGCCAAACUCAGAAAGAAUCACGUAAGGAGAGAAUCAGACAUAGGACGUUUCAAAAGUGCCUUUCGUUUUUGAUAGUUUUUUGUUUGUCCGUUCUUGUUCGUUUGUUUUUCGAGUGGAAACUAGUCACGGACAUAAUCAUUUUGUGCUCUCUUUCAGGGUUUAUGUUGCAACUUGGCUCCCUGCUUAUCCCACGAAGAAAGGUUGAUUCUCCGAAAUUAAAUAGAGGAACAACAACGAGGCAAGUGGAAUCAGUUUCUCAACCAACCCCUCAUAGCACUUCUCCAUCGGAUUGGAAACUUCCAUUGUCAGUAAGGGAAACUGAUAGCUUUUCACCUUUUUCUUUUCGUCUGGAAAAUAGUCCCACAGAAUAUCUGAAGCCUUAUCAUUUGGAAACGAGUGUUGGUAUCGAUUCACCUGGACGAGAAGGGAAUGUAGUAUAUCAUUCAAGUCAUUCUCCUAUCCGUCGUACAUCUGUUUUGCCGUACUUUCAUUCAGUUUCUCCUAGUCUAUCAGAAGAUACUGCUGUUUGGUUAAAGUACCGUACUUUAUCCGGAUAUCCUAUUACCAAUGAAGAUAUAGAAAGAUGUCGAGGAUGGAUUGUCCAAAGAGUUAUUCGUCCUUUUAUUAUUCGAAUUCUUCCCUUUAAGGAUUACAUUCCCUUGUUGUCACCGUUUUCAGAGUUAGAUUUGAGUUUUCUCAAUCAUGUAGAGCAACGUCAUCGAUUACCACCUGUAAGAGAUGCGGAAGAGGAAUUUUUCUUUCUGCGCAGAUAUCUUUCUAUGGAUUCUUAUCCUUCGGCUUGCGAAUAUAUAUUUGAAAGACUUUUACAACUUUCAAAAGAUAAUUAUAUGUCAUUAUUUUCCUAUUCAGAUUGGAAGUUGGAUGAGAGUAGUUUGAGUCAUUCUAUGAAUAUUCCUAGUGAUGCUGAGAUUGUAGUUCAUGUUGUUUCUUGUUUUAUAGAUGAAGUGAUUCAACGUUGUAGUGGUGUUUCUCAUUUCGUUUCUAAGGGUUCCUUUACGAGUCGCCAUGUAGAUGUAUCUUUUCCUAGUCCUUUGAUACGUAGCCAUGGGAAUGAAAGUCUAUUAUACAAGUUGGGUGGUUGGAAAUAUCGUUCUGGUGCUGUUAUUUGUUUUUUACAAAGACGUCCUCCAUUAUUUGCUGUAGUUGGACAAGAAGGCAAAUGUUUAUCUAUUCCUAUGGGAAGAACCAAUGUUUUUGCUGCCAUCAUAGGAUUGUUCAAACUUAUCUAUGAAUAUUUUGAUGGACAACUUUUCCAAGUUUCUUUCGAUAGUCCUUAUUUAGGUAUCAUGGAUUGGUUGAAGGAAUCUUAAUCAGUUGUGUUGUGAGAAAAGGGAAGAAGAAUGCACAGAAUCUUUGCUUUUAUAGGUUCUUGGAUAAAGUUAGAUAAAGGAAUAGGUCGUUUCUACACAAGUCAACGUACUAGUCGUAGUUUUUUUUCUGAUUCACUUUAUUUACAGUCGAAUAGAAUCACUUGCCAAGUUUCUCAAGAAAAGAAUGGGGACCCUUCCUAUGAAGAGUUUGCCAACCUGUUGAAACAAGGUGUGUUUCCUUGGGAAGAAAGUGAUCACCAGAAAAAACGAGGUGAUGAUAAUUGUUCAAUUUGCAAAGGUGAAUAUUAUAUAUAUUGUGAAAACUGUCAAGGAGUGGGGUUUUUGUAUAUUCAGGAUGAAAACUUGUGGAGAACUUGUGAACGUUGUAUAGGACAAGGAAAGAACAGCUGUCCAGUAUGUGAAACGAGAGAAGAU